UAUUCACUGCUUAUCACAUUGAGAUUGAACUUGGUAGUUGUUACUAAAGGAAAAUAAUUAUGAUCAAAUUCGUUUUCUUUGUUCUCUUGGCAGUAGCCAUGGCUUCUGCAAUGAAUGUCAGACUUGUCGGAGCACCAGAAGAAGGCGACACGAACAGUGUGGAAGUCAAAGAAAUGUUAACCAAAGUUUUGGCUUCACAGAAUUCCUCUGACAAAGUGACGAAGGUCUUGAAAGUUACAAAACAAGUUGUAGCCGGAGUAAAGUACACGGUUGUCUUUGAAUCAGAAAAUGCCGAGGCUGGUACAAAGUACACCUGCACUGCUGAUUUUGUAAGCCAACCCUGGGUUACUAAAGAACCACAGGUGCUUAGCUAUACAUGUGAUAAUAGAGUGUAAAAAUUGUAAAUGUAACUUGCUAUUUUAAUAAAAAAAACUCAUAAUAACAAA